AUGUUUCCCGUGAAACGUGUACCUGUUGCUCUGGGCUUGAUUGUGGUUGCUGUUGUCAUCAAGCAAAGCGCCCCCAGAAUGACCUUCAAGGCCGGUGACUGCAGAUACAACAGAUCGAUUUUCUCCAACUUCAGUAUCCAAAUUAUUAAAACCAAAGUGAUGAUGGACAUGAUUUUGGUUACCACCUUGCGGCAGGGGCUGAAGGCGCACUUGAGCUUCGAGUUCCGUGUCUCCAAGGGUAAGCCCUAUCAGAGUGUCUACCAGCACGACAUGAACUACUGCGCCCUGAUCAAGGGCUCCCAGGAGUCGAUCUAUCGACGGUGGUUCACGUCCAUGUUGAAGGUGGGAAACUUUGCCACAAGCUGUCCAAUUGGUAGGGGCUACUAUUACCUGCAUGGCUGGACCCUAGAUGCGAACUAUGUGCCCUCCUUCCUCUACCUGGGCGACUACCGUAUCGGCGGAUCGUUCUUCUAUGGCAGGUUUAAGAAGAAGGUGGAACAUCCGCUUCUAGAGUGUAGUGUAGAGGCCGUUUUAAACUAG